CAGUACAUAGAAGAAAGUGUGUUUUUAUUGUUUGUGUCUUGCAGACGUCCAGCAGCUGAUCGGUAAUCCAGAAGAAGUUUCCCCUCAGUUAGGGGGGAGCUCCACUUUGAAGCAGGAGACUCCACAACCACCCUGCAUUAAAAAGGAAGAGGAGGAACUCUGCAUCACUCAGGAGGGAGAGUGUCUUCUAGGACGAGAGGAAGCUGAUUACACCAAGUUUCCACUGAGUAUUCUCUCUGUGAAGACUGAGGAUGAUGAAGAGAAACCACAAGUAGACAACCUCUUAGCUCCACUAUCAGAUAGUGAGGCUGAAGAUGAGGUUGAAGUAACUUUGAGCAGCGAUACAGACUGUGAAGGUGAUAUGAGGACUCACACUGACAACAAACACUCUGAAUUCUCUACAAAGAAGAGAGGUAAAACAUGUUUGAGCUGCUCAGUUUGUGCUGAAAGUUUUACUAAAAAGAGCCAUUUGACUCAACACAUGAGAACACACACAGGAGAAAAAACAUUUAAUUGUUCAGUUUGUGACAAAAGCUUUUCUCGAAAUAGCAUUUUGACUGAACACAUGAGAACACACACGGGUGAAAAACCAUUUAGUUGUUCAGUUUGUGGCGUAAACUUUUCUCAAAAUAGCCAUUUGACUCAACACAUGACAACACACACAGGUGAAAAACCAUUUAAUUGUUCAGUUUGUGGCAAAAGCUUUUCUGUUAAGAAUAAUUUGACUCAACACAUGAGAACACAUACAGGUGAAAAACCAUUUAGUUGUUCAGUUUGUGGCGUAAGCUUUUCUCGAAAUAGCCAUUUGACUCAACACAUGACAACACACACAGGUGAAAAACCAUUUAAUUGUUCAGUUUGUGGCAAAAGCUUUUCUGGUAAUAGCAAUUUGACUAAACACAUGAGAACACACACAGGUGAAAAACCAUGUAAGUGUUCAGUUUGUGACAAAAGUUUCUCUGUUAAGAGCAAAUUGACUCAACACAUGAGAACACACACUGGAGAAAAAUCAUUUAGUUGUUCAGUGUGCUGUAAAAGGUUCCCACGUAAUGCAGACGUAGUAAAACACGUAAGAACACACAAGGGAAAAUAACCAGUUAGCUGUUUAGUUUGUGGUAUGUUGCUCAUAUGUGGUGACAUCCACCCUACCCAGGACCUCCUCGCUGCUUCUUUCACAAAUAUCUGAGGUAUUCAUACAAACUUGGAUUAUUUGGAGCAUAAUCUUAUCCACUCAUGAUCCCAUGUCUUCUCUGUAUCUGAAACCUUCCUGAACAGUAAGAUAGAUGAUGCUUCAAGUGCUUGGUUACUCCUUCUUCAGUCCAGGGACCUGGGGCCUCAUGUGUCAAGUUUGUACACGCUCAAAAACCUGCAUUACACCCUUUUUCAUAACCAAGUGCCAACUUUUACUGAUCGAUGUGCAAAUCAGAGACAUAUGAACAAUUAACCCCCAGCACCCACAACCCAACCCCCACCUUCUUGGACAGUUGGGCAUAACAGGUUCAAUCCAGCCCGCGAGAUGAGUUUGCGAAGUGUAAAAUUCAGCUGCAUUUUUUUAUGAAAUAAACUGCUGUUCUAAAUGUGUCCACUGGAUGUCGCAAUAACAAUUCUGUUAGGCAAGCAAAUAGUUUAUACUUGGGCGAGCAAGUAUACCAAGCAAGAGGUACAUGGUAAAGCGGGGCUGUGACUCCUUCCCCUCCACCCAACGUAAAACAGGAGUAAAAUAAGCAAUCAGUAACCCCACUUAAAAUGCAGCGUGAGACACUGCACACUGAUAUAGUUCUGUGAAAAUGAUUGUCUUCUGUGCAAAUGUAAAGAAAGUGAACAGUGUGUGAUUUACUGCAAUACUGUCAGUCUUUGAACUUUUUAUUUGUGCUUUGUUGAAAUCGUUCACACAUUGCACAGCUUUUAUUUUUCUAUCAAUACACAUUAUGUCUAGAAGACAGGAAGUAACUCAACACUCUUGAAUAGUUUCUACCUCAGUUUGUAUGGUUUGUUGAGUUAGCACAGGAUUAAUAUGUGGAAAUGACAAAUGAGGUAGUUGAUACAUAGAAUAGUUUUUAUUCAUGCUCUAUUUAGUUUUUUGUUCAAUCCUAGAUGGGUUGUGACUUAAAGUUCAAUUGCUUUGUAGAAACACUGAAAUUAAGUCUAAAUUAAUUGUGGUCUUAAAGGUGUUUUUGAAAAUGCACCAUUUUUUCCC